GCUAAGCUUAGUGCUUGUGUAGUCAAGUGCAUGACCACUUUAAGUAAGAUUUACAUUUACAUUGUAGUGAUGGCGGUCUUCGUUUCGGUGAGAUGGAGCGCGAUUGUAUGAUUGCACACGGUGCCGCACAGUUCCUGAAUGAGCGGCUAUUUGAAGUGUCCGAUCCUUACAGCUGUCACGUCUGUAACCUGUGUGGGCUGAUCGCUAUUGCGAACCUGCGCAAUAACACAUUUGAAUGCAGGGGCUGUAAGAACAAGACUCAGGUGUCCCGUAUUCGUAUGCCGUACGCUGCUAAGCUGCUUUUCCAAGAGCUUAUGUCUAUGAGUAUCGCUCCCAGGAUGAUGGUGUGUGAUUCAGUCAAAUAAGCAAUGCACAUCCUGGGCCUUAAACUGUGAUCGAGUUUUCUACACCUUCUGGGUCUUUAACUGUGAUUCAGUAAAUAAGCGAUACAUAUCUUUGAUCUCGAACCGUGAUCCAGUCAAAUAAGUGAUAUCCCUUCUUAACUCCUCCCGAACGAACGAACACAAAUUGUGGGCGAAUUCUCCUGGUGUUGGACUAAAGCUGCCUUUAAGCCGGUGACACAAUAAAUAUGAUAUCGUUCUCAUUGGCAGCCAGGGCGCAAAUAAAGUCAUAGUUUGUAGAGGUCGCCCACAGGGCAAGCUCAUAGCGAGCUUCAGUUACCCAUCAUUCACUCACCAGAAACAUGUGUAUCAUUUACAUGUAAAUAGCGCUUGCUGGACGAGGCUAGUAAAUGUUUUAAGUCUACUGGCUUGAAAUGAAAACUCCUCAGUCCUGUGCUGUCUUCAGUGUUCUCCUUUUCCGGGUUCGGUAUUUCCAGACUUUCUCUGCUAACUGGACAACAGGUUACGACCAACUGUGUACAUUUUGCAUUAUGUGUGACUGAACCAAUACCAAAUUAGUUGUGUUACAUCUAGAAACGAUCUCCUUUAGUUGGUUCGAGUUCAUGGACGGAUUCCGAUCCAUGGGAAAAUAGUUUCCUUUACAUGGAAUACCCUUGUAUAGUGUUUUUGUAAGUAGUAAAACCAUGCAUCAUUUUAACAUGCAUAUGUAAAUUCAAACAUUCAACUGUUGCAAUAUUAAAACAAAAUGCUUUAUCAA